AGACUUUAUAUACAAAACAGUUUGUUUAGAACUUUUAAACACGCUAGUUGUUACGCUUAAAUUCGGUUAAAAAAAAAUUGCGUUAAUAAGAAAACAUUAACAAAAUGGCUAAGGAUAAUUUAACAGCCGUUCUCUAUGGAAUUGAAGACAUGAAAUUGGAACAACGUCCCAUUCCAGAAAUUGGCGACAAUGACGUUCUCUUGGCCAUGGACUGUGUUGGUAUCUGUGGUUCGGAUGUUCACUAUCUCGUACAUGGCCGCAUUGGUGAUUUUGUGGUCACCAAACCCAUGAUCAUUGGUCAUGAGGCGGCCGGCAUUGUAGCCAAAGUGGGCGCUAAUGUUAAACACUUGAAAGUUGGUGAUCGUUGUGCCAUCGAACCCGGUGUACCCUGUUAUAUCUGUGAAUUUUGUAAAACCGGCAAAUAUAACUUGUGUCCGGAAAUGAAAUUCUGUGCCACUCCCCCCUACGAUGGUAAUCUUACACGCUAUUACAAACAUGCUGCCGAUUUUUGUUUCAAACUGCCCGAUCAUGUAUCCAUGGAAGAGGGUGCUCUGUUAGAGCCCUUGUCGGUGGGUGUGCAUGCCUGUCGUCGUGCUAAUGUUGGUUUGGGCUCAGAGGUAUUAAUUUUGGGCGCUGGUCCCAUAGGCUUGGUAACAUUGUUGGUGGCCAAGGCAAUGGGUGCCUCUAAGAUAAUCAUUACCGAUUUGGUGCAACAACGUUUGGAUGUGGCCAAGGAGUUGGGUGCCACUCACACUCUGCUUAUGACUACAAGCGAUACGCCCGAAGGAACUGCCAAAAAGGUGGAGACUAUGUUGGGUUCCAUGCCCGACAAGUCGAUUGAUUGCUGUGGCGCUGAAGUUACCAUUAGAUUGGCCAUAUUUGCCACCCGCUCUGGAGGCUGUUGUGUUAUUGUGGGCAUGGGCGCUGCCGAAACCAAAAUUCCCUUGAUCAAUGCCUUGGCACGUGAAGUGGAUAUUAGAGGUGUAUUCCGUUAUUGCAAUGACUAUGCUGCCGCUUUAGCUUUGGUCUCCUCCGGCAAGGUCAAUGCCAAACGUUUGGUUACCCAUCAUUUCGAUAUUACCGAAACCGAUAAGGCCUUUGAGACGGCCCGCAAAGGCUUGGGCGGUGCCAUUAAAGUUAUGAUUCAUGUCCAACCCAAAGAUACUAAUAAUAAAACAAAAUUUUAACUUAUUUUGCAUUUAGUAUUGUAGUAAAUUUAAGUAUUUCAAUAUGUACUGUACAAAAUAUUGUUAUUAUUUGUUUAAUUUAAAUAAAUGUUUCUAAAUUUUAA